AUGGCUGGAGGAAAUUGUACGGCAGUGACCGAGUUCAUUCUCACAGGUGUGACAGAUCUUCCAGAGCUGCAGGUCCCCCUCUUUGUGGUGUUCCUAGUGAUCUAUGUUAUCACCUUGGUGUGGAAUCUGGGGAUGAUGGUUUUAAUCAGGAUCGACCCCUGUCUUCACACCCCCAUGUACUUCUUUCUCAAGAAUUUGUCUCUCGUGGAUGCCUGUUACUCCACAGUCAUCACUCCCAAGAUGCUGAUGAGCUUCUUAGCAGAGAGGAAAGCUAUUUCCUAUAUAGCGUGCAUCAUCCAAUAUUUUAGCUUCAUAUUGUUUGUCAUCUCUCAGUGCCUUCUGCUGGCAGUAAUGGCAUAUGACCAUUAUGUAGCCAUCUGUAACCCACUGCUGUAUAUGGUCAUCAUGUCGCCAAAGCACUGCCUGCAGCUGGUGGCUGGUUCAUAUCUAUGGGCCUUCCUGAACUCCGUGAUACACACGAGCGGUUUGUUAAGAUUAUCCUAUUGUGACUCCAAUAUCCUGAAUCAUUUUUUCUGUGAUAUCAACCCACUUCUAAAGCUCUCCUCUUCUGGCACCUCUAUCAAUCAGCUGCUUGUUUUCCUCUUUGGCAGUCUGAUUGAGGUGAUCAGCAUUGUGACCAUUCUCAUCUCAUACAUCUUAAUUAUUGUGACUGUGCUGCGGAUCCGCUCCACCGAUGGCAGGCGCAAAGCCUUCUACACCUGCACCUCCCACCUGAUGGCCGUAUCCAUGUUCCACGGGACAAUUCUUUUCAUGUAUUUCCGACCCAGCACCAGCUACUCAUUGGACACAGACAAAAUGGCCUCCGUGUUCUACACUGUGGUGAUCCCCAUGCUGAACCCCCUCAUCUACAGCUUGAGGAACAAGGAUGUGAAGGAUGCCCUGAGGAGAGCAAUAGAAACAAAAUUGAGGGCCCAUUUUUCCCCAAAGGGUGUCAGAAUAGGACAACCAAAUCCUUCAAUGGCUUCUCUGCACACAUAG